AUGCCUCACUCACCAACCAAUACAUCCUCCUCGAUCGAGGCACCGUCCGACAUCACAACAAAUCCGACCUCGGAAUCGAUGCGAUCGAGAAUGAGAGCUUCGUUACAAAGAACACAGACCCGGAACGACGAGUGGUCUCAUCACGAUGACGCAGAAUCAACAUUCAGUAUAUUGGGAUGGUUUCGAUCCCUGCGCUCAAAAAGAAAGGGAAAAAUGGAUGGAUUGGAGCGGAAGAGCGGUGUCGGCUUACGGAGUCAGUCUCCUCCUCGGCUUCCCGAGCUGGGUCUCGAUGGGGCGAGGUUGGAGCUAGAGACGGGAUUUUCGGGACAAGAGAGACAUGGGCAAGAGUGA